AUGGAUCCUAUGUGCCCGAACUUAAAAAAUUUUGACCUGGUGACCAACGGUGGCGUGGCCAUCGCCCUGCGCUUCGAGCGCGCUCCGUUCAUCACCCAGGAGCACACGCUGUGGUUGCCGUGGGGACGCUUCUUCGUCAUGGAUACCAUCGUGAUGCGUCACGAGGAGAACGAGAUCCCCAGCUGUGAUGUCAGCGGGUUCACGCGUCCAUCCCCCAUCUUGUCMCCUGCGCCCCUCACCGCCUUCGCUGGGGCCUGCGCCGAGAGGGGGACCAUCGUACCUGAAAUACAGGCUCUCCAGGAAGAGAUUCCUAUCCCCGGGACAGACAUGGUAUUGAGCUACCUGAGCAGCAGGAGUCCUGGGUAUAAAUCCAUCCUGCGGGUGACCCUGACCCACUCCACCGUGCCCUUUAACCUGAUGAAGGUACACCUUAUGGUGGCGGUGGAGGGAAGACUGUUCAGGAAGUGGUUCCCUGCUGCUCCUAAUCUCAACUAUAACUUCAUCUGGGACAAGGCUGAUGUUUACAGUCAGAAGGUCUAUGGGCUUUCUGAGGCCUUCGGUAUCCUGCACAUGGGGAACGGUGAGAACGUGUUCGUCUCCCAGCAGCCACCUGUGAUCGGCAGUGUGAUGGGUAACGGGCGACACCGUAGCAUCUCCUGCCCCAGCUGCAAUGGAAUGGCUGACGGCAACAAACUCCUGGCGCCCGUCGCUCUGGCGUGCGGCUCAGACGGCAGCCUGUACGUGGGAGACUUCAACUACGUACGACGCAUCUUCACCACCGGGAAUGUUACCAGCGUGCUGGAACUCAGGUAUUCUACUACGGUGUUUAUUUAUUAG